AUGUAUCUAGUAAGGUUGGAUUAUCCAUCGGAGUAUCUUACCUGGGUCAGCUGUCGUGUGGUCAUUGGAACUUUUGGCGCUUUUGGCGAUGGUAUAAGUUCACUAACAUUUGGUACCAAUCGAACAAAGCGCGGGCCGUUUGGUUGCCCUACCGAAGGAGACAGAGAGUUUCGGAUUCAAUUGGGACCGGAACGGCAAUUCGGUGGAUUUCAUGGUACUACUAUCGACAACCGUGACCGACUAGGCUCCAUUGGGGUCUACCUCAAGCCAAUUAAAACACUCGGCAAGUUCCAGGACAAAAGUGCUAGUCCUUUUUAUUUGGUGCCGAGGGCCGGGUUUGAUAAAAAUUCUAAAUAA